UAUACCCAAAAAAGUUUUCUAUUUUAAAAAGUUAUAUUCGUGAUGAAAUUCGUAUAUUUUUCUGAGGGCCAACGACUGCUUUUUCCAUGCAAAUAUUAACUGUAAUCAUCUUUCCACUGUGUUAGCGUAAAUUCGGCUUACGUCGCCAGUGUAGGAACGGAACUUCGUCGUUAACCGAGUACCACACAGAGUGUCCAUAUUAGCAGCCGUUUGAAAAAGCCCAAAGAGGGGCGGUGUAGUGAUUCGGGUCUUGCUCCUGUGCUGGGUCUGGUGAUUGGUUGACGUGUUUUCUUUUUCGGGGUGGGGGUCUGCGUACGUUCGCGUGAACCUCACGUUCAAGCAGAGGGGGGCGACUGGAGGGGAUCACUUCUAUGGACCAUCUGUCUGCCUCGGCUCAACAAAGGAGGACGCAGGAUGGUGUUGGUCCAUGUCGGAUAUCUGGUUCUCCCCGUCUUCGGCUCGGUUAGAAAUAGAGGUGCACACUUCACCAGGCACCAACACAGCCAUGCUACCUCCUGCCGACAUUUUCACCUGGGCGCCCCGCAGGCGCCCAUCUCAGCCGAGUUCCCUUUAGGACACGCCGGCCAGCCCGCUCAGACGGGUCUGGCCGCCCACCUCCCCCCCGCGCACCAUCCACCCCUCGCCGCCCUGCCCGCCGCCGCCGCCGCCCCACAAUUCCAGGACGUGUCGGGGCCUCCAUUCCUACCUCAGGCCUUACACCAGCAAUACCUCAUCCAACAGCAGCUUCUCGAGGCGCAGCACCGCCGGAUUAUCCCACACUCCAGAAGGACCCAGGAACGAGUUCCCCUCAACCUCCACCGGCUGCGCUCGGCUUACGAGUACUCCCCACCCCUCCACGCCCCGCCGCCGGUGACGCAGCAGCCCAGGUAUCUCGCCGAAGGCACCGACUGGGAUCUCAGCGUCGACGCCGGCCUCCCUCACCACCAGUACCACCUCCAGCAGCUGCCGCAACACUACCAGCACUACCUGGCCUCCCCCCGAAUGCACCACUUCCCCAGGAACACGUCCUCCGCACAAGUGGUUGUGCAUGAAAUCAGAAACUACCCAUACCCCCAGCUGCACCUGUUGGCACUGCAAAGUCUGAACCCCUCCAGGCAUGCUACCGCGGUGCGGGAGAGCUACGAGGAGCUUCUUCAGUUGGAGGACCGUCUGGGCAGCGUAAACAGAGGUGCAGUGCAGACCACCAUCGAGCGAUUUACCUUCCCGCACAAAUACAAAAAGAGGAAGCCCUUGCAGCUGAAGCUCGGGGAGGAAGAGGAGGAGACGGAUGUGGAUGAGAAGUGCACCAUCUGCUUGUCCAUGUUGGAGGACGGCGAAGACGUCAGGAGGUUACCCUGCAUGCACCUCUUCCACCAAGGCUGCGUGGACCAAUGGCUGGCGACCAGCAGGAAGUGUCCAAUCUGUCGAGUUGACAUCGAGACGCAGCUGCACCCCGACAGCUGAUGAGAUUUUCCACCCCCACACUGUUUCCUACCACGCUCCUGCUUUCUUCCACACACACACACAUACACCCCUCCCCCAUGGGUGCUUUUGCGAAAUGUCUCCUGACUUUUGACGUGACAUCUUUUUUUUUUUUCCCCCCUUCUGGACUCUCGCUUUACUGAGCCAAGCCAGGGAGUAGAAGUGCAGGAGAACUCAAUUUCUCGCUCUUCUUGCGCCCUCCCCGUCUUUUUUCUCUCUUUCUAUAAAACACAAGCACAUCCGCACACACUAACAAGUCGUGUACACAGGGUUUCAUUGUAGCUUGCUGGUUUUACGUGGUGGUGGUGGUGGUGUGGUGCAGGGGUUCUCAAACUUUUUGGGUCCGGGGAUCCUUGACAGUGAUUUUUUUUUUUCUUGUUACAACAUCAAUUAAACAUAAUUAACAUUUGUAGCCCUAAAUGUCAUAGGAAUGAAAAAGUUACCAAUUUUUGAGGGUGGGAAAAGGUCAGAAUUAAUGUUUUCUCACGGAGGGGGGGGGGGUUAAAUGUUAUCUGAAUUAGGUUGUAUUUUUUUAAUUAAAAAAAGUAGUAAUCAUUUCAAGAAAGCAUAUGUAUUUUGUUGAAUAGAUUAAAAACUCAUAAGUCGUAAGAUCAAGUCAAAAUAUAUUAAAGUCCCUGUAAAGUGAAAAGAAAUGUCUUCUAAAUUUGACACUCAAUAGAAAAGACUGUUAUCAACCCUGCCAAAUUUUAAUAAUGGAGAAAAUAAUCGCUGACCAUGUCAAAUGAGGUCUCAAAAUCAUACCUCGCUCUCAAAACGCUUUGUUUGUGUUUUCUGAAUGCGUCGUUACAUUUUUCGGGCUCUGAAAAUAUAUCCGAUUAAAGCCUGCGGUGGCUGGAAUAUAUCCCAGGGUGUUGUCAUGAGGCUUUCCAUUCCGUGACAAUAGGUGCUAGCUAGCAGCUAGCUUGCGAGCUAACAGGCUUCCGGAGCCUACUCGUGACCAGCAAAUGGGUGACGGGCUUGCCCGCGGCCUCACCUCCUCGCUCUAGAAUUUAAAUCACGACACAGACUAGUGUUCUGUACAUCAUUGCCUCCAGGGAAGAUUUAUUUUCAAAUGUAGGCAUAGUUAGCCUGCUAACUAUGCUGUCAGAAAUUCACUUUACAAGUUCUUUAGUCAAAGUUUAACUGACAAGGGAAGAAAGUCAUACAGUUUUGAACAAUUUUUUUUUUUUAGAAAAGAUACAACUUUAUCAUCAUAGUAUUAUGCCUUUUCUGAUCAGAAAUUAAUCUAAAAAAUAAGCCUUUUGAAAAAAAAAAUUUAUUCUAGGAAUAAUAUUGUAAAAUAAUGACUAAUAAUUAUCAGUCACAUUUUUGUGAUGCUGCAUCACAAGCAUAUCAGUGCUUUUAAUUGGCCCAAGAAGGUAGGGGAGAGCAGGUUUGUUUUAUUCCCACUCCAGUAUACGACAUAAUCAUUUAUUCAAAUUAUUUACAGAUGCCCAUGCUUCAGCUCAUGGACCCCAGGGGGCCCGAGGACCCCAGUUUGAGAACCAUUGGUGUAGUGUAGGUGCCUCCGGGCCGUGUAGCAUGUCCUUAAAAGCCAUGACUUAAACGUCCCAUUGCGAGCUUGCUGUCUUUCUAAAUUCUCUCUAAGUCUCUUCUUUUUUCUUCUUCCCGAAAAACAAAUAUGCCGUGUUUACCUUUUAUGAUCGUAGAGUAGCAGCAAGCAGGUGUGGCGCGCCGCAGCCUCCUUUAAUGGGAGCGCCAUAUGUGGCGUGUUUUAAAUAUAUCGUGCGGUUUUGACGUUUUGCAAUAUGCUUGCGCCGACACUUCAGGGGACUCUGAGUCAGCAAAUCGCCACAGUUCAAAUGAAGUCGUAUGUUGCAACAGGGUUGCUGAAAGAAAGGUGGAAUUUUUCCAUGGGAAAUACUGGGAAUAAUUUGUUUAAUUUAGACAUAGGCCAAAUCGCCGGUUUGGUGGUUUACGGUGUGGCUUUAAAACAUCAUGGUUUCAAUAAUCGUAAUUACUAUACUGUAUAUAAUUUGUCAUCAUUAUUUUCUGUCAUGUUUCCCAAAUUUCUCAGCUCAGUUUCCCAUGGAGAAUUUCCAGCCAACUUUCCCGCCCUCUCUUGCGACACAAGCUGCCAAACAAACUGCGCAUGCGUGCUUGCCUUGUCGCGCAUAUUAGCACAACGCUUCCGGUAACCGUGAAUUACGGGACGCUUAUGACAACACAAAGCCAAAAAAAAAAUUAAAUUAAAAAUGGACGCUGUAAUGCAGUGUUGGAGUAUAGUAAUAAUAGUGGUCGUCGUAUGCAGGAAGCUUUAGUGCUGUCCUUGUUAGCUGUUUGCUUCAGAACGAAAACUGCAUGUGUUUGUGUUGCCGGCAGCUUAAAACUACAAAGAUGGCGUCCUUUUUUUUUUCUUCAAAGCGAAAGAACAAGCACAGGCUUUUUAUUGGCUUCUAAAUGAGUGAGUGAAUUUUGCGCGACAACCCGCCUCCCUUUUCCUUGUGGUUGCUUUUGCCGAUUGCUCUGCUGUAUUGCUCUAGAAUGUGACGUACGACGGAGGCAGCCUCUCUCUCGUAGUGCACAAACAACAACACAACGAAUUUACAUUUAAACGUGACAACGCCCUUUACGCACUGUGAUAGUGGAUGAUGUGUAUGAUUUUUUUUUACGUUUUUUUUUGUGUCUUGUGCACUGCCAGUGUCGACACUGCCUCCUCCUGUGAUGACGAAGUGUUCAUAGUUUACACAGGGUGUUGUCCGUUGAGAUGCCUUAAGUAUUUAACAAUCAUAAUUUAUGACUAACUGUAGAUACGGUGGCUAUUUAAUUUUUUUAAAAUCAUUUUAUUUAUUUCGACACACACACGCAUAAAAUUGCUAUGAUAAGAAACGAUUACCUCAUCUUCUUGCUUUGCAUGCAGCUGUAUGAGAAUACGCUAAAGGAAUAUUUAACAAAAAAAAAAAUUAUUACUGUUAGCGCUACUGCUGCUGCUCUCUGUCAAAGCCUCCCUUUCCAUCUUCCAGUGGUGCUGUGGAUCUCGCUGACAUUCCAUCCCAUGCAAAACUUGCCAAUGCUGUGACAUAAUAUGUAGUGGACAAACUGCGAUGGAGUUGACUGGUUCUUUUUUUUUUGUGUGUUUUUUUUUUUUUUUUUGCACUGUUCAGAUAAGGGACCCCUCUCACUGGCAACUCUGUGCCUUUCAGGAUUACUGCAUUUUGUUUUUCCUCCUGUUAUUUCCACUUGAUAAGCCUUUUUGGUCACUUAAUUCAAUUAGGUCAAGCCAAGAUAAGUGAAAAAGCCAUUGAGGUCCCUCAAUGGCUUUUUCACUUGAAAUCGGGUGAGCAUGUCUCAUAUCAGACAAAAAAAGUGAAAGGACCGUAACCAGAUUUGAACAGGAAGCUGGCCAUUUUGCUUUGAUUUAUUUAUUUUUUUCAAAUUCGAAGGUGCAACGGCACAUCAACGGCAACCUCUUUUCAGUUCAAUGUCCGGAAGCUUUACAUCAUGUGGAAAUAAUGAUUUCCAAAAAGGCACGAUUUUCUUUUCUUCUUUUUCAUCUCUCCUUUGAGUUUCAUUUGACAAUGUACAGAAGGUUUUUAAAAGCACAACUGCAUGUUUUCUCAGGUUUCAAUGCACUGAUUCAAUGGCUUGAGAUUGACUUUUUUUUUUCUUUUAAGUAUACUCCCAAGUAUUCAUUGCUUUGGUUGAAUGCUGACAAUGCACGGAAAUAUCUCUCCCAAAAGAAAAAGAGUGCCAGUGAAAGGGAUACCGCCAUCCUUGUGUGUAUGUGGUGCGUGCGUGCGUGUGUGUAAAUCUGAUCAAUCUGCUGUUCUAGCCGUGACUGCGCAAUGUUUUUCAAUAUAGGAUAUUUUAUCUGAACAUAGAUCUAUUUAUCAUUAAUAUUCAAGCAAUAGUGCGUUAAAUGGUGACGCGUGUGCGCGACGUGGAUGAGAAUAUUGCGAAUAAGUGUUAGAUUCACGCGUGGUGGAGUUUUUUUGUACCUUAUUUAUUCUUACUACUAAUGAUGAUUAAUUCAAAAAGUGGCAUUGCUAAACCCAAACUUCUUUUUUUGUUUGUUUUUGUUUUGGAAUUGUUUCAUGGCUUGUAUAUUAUCCUUUUGUAUGUGCUCUUUUUGUAAUAAAAUGGGGAAAAA